UUGCUGCAGGUUCGGCUGUAUUAAUGCAGGGCCAGAGUAUUGUAUUGCACCGGUGUGAGGCUGGAGAGUUCGACUUGACGCCCCAAGGGAGGUAACCCUGUAAUAACAUUGCCUGGUAACGGUUUUUUCACCGGAAAGGCAGGCCCGAUGUCGCUCUUCUGUGCCAUCCUAUUUCUCUGUGUCUCUCCCAGGCCUGGCCGUGUCGUGAAUCGAUAACUUCCUCUCUGACCCCAGCUGCUGUCAUUGGUCAAUACUGUGCCUCAUUCCAGCAUGCGUUGACACACGCACACACACUCACACACACGCGCAUCGCAUCCAGGCCAGGCUGCUACACACUACACACCAACCACCGCACGCCGUUUGGCUCUCUCGACCUGGCUCUGUGUUGUAUCAUCCCGCUUGUGGCGAAGGGUUGGGCUGAGAGCAAGCCAAGUGAUCCUUUGUCUAUCUCGCCGUGUUUUCGUUCCUUGCUACACAGCAGCAAAUGUCUGGUUUGAAACUAGGAAUACUCAGGCUAGGGAGAGUAGCAGGAAAGGGGAGCGGCACAAAGGGGGCGUGGCGCCGGGCUGGAGGGUCGUGCACAAGAACCGGGUCACUGUGGAUAACAGACUGGACAACCUGGAGCUGGUGAAGGACGACGGCUCCGACCUGUUGCCGCGGCAACCAGAGGAGGAGGAGGCUGCGGGGGGAGAGGGCGCUGGCAGCAGCAGUAGCAGCAGCAGCAACAACAAUUACCCCCCGUGCUACAAGUGGUUUGACUUCAACGGAGACGUGGUUGACCCCUCAGGUGAAAGCUACAUCUACUACGAGUGCCACUACCCGCCGUGCACGCGCAUGGAGAGAGAGGUGCGAGAGUUCAGUAUAUGCGGGCGUUGUCAGGAAGUCAGAUAUUGUGGCACAUCCUGCCAGGAGCGCGACUGGCCGUCCCACAAGAGGUUUUGCCGAGAGCGGCGGCGACACACGCGAGAGAACACGCCUGACCGGUGAUGUGUUACUGUACCCGGCGUGUUGUGCGCGUGUGCUGCGCGUCGUGUCGGAGAACUACACGCAACAUCCGACGCAAGAGUCACACAGUCCAGCAGGAGCAACGGCCACCUCCUCAUCUCUCCAUCUCUCCAUCUCUCCAUCUCUCCAUCUCUCCAUCUCCUCAUCUCCUCACCUCCUCAUC